AUGAUCAAGUCAUCUCAGGGACUCAGAGGGGAGGAACUGCUCAGGCUUCAGGGCAAACCUCUCACAGAAAACUCUCUUCCAGGACUGAGUCUGGACCUCAGGACCCCAGUGCUGGCAGGACUGCUCCCCAGGCCCACAAUCAGGGCUGAACCAGGCUCUGUUGUCCCCAAAGGGACCCAGGUGACCAUCUCAUGUGAGGGUAUCGCAGGGGCCUUCGAAUUCUUUCUCUAUAAAGGUGGACGAAAAGAUUCCUGGUGGUCACAGACCCCACUGUACCCUGGGAACAGGGCCCAUUGGUUCAUCCCAUCCAUUGAAAUGAACCAUGCAGGCCAAUAUAACUGUUCCUUCUCCUCCCAUGCUGGCUGGUCAGAGCACAGUGACUCACUGGAGCUGGUGGUGACAGGAAUCUAUAACAGUAAACCACAGCUGUUGGCUCUGCCCACCCCUCUGGUGACAUCAGCAGAGAACCUGACCCUCCAUUGUGUGUCACAAGAAGGAUAUGACAUGCUCGUUCUGACCGAAGAAGGAGAACAGAAUCUCUCCAUGUCCUUGGACUCACAGCAUUCACCCAUUUGGAAAUCCCAGGCACUGUUCACCUUGGGCCCUCUGAUCCCCAACAGCAGGAGAACCUUCAGAUGUUAUGGCUAUAACAAGACAGACCCACACAGGGCUUCCACUGGAGGCUGGCACAGGUGCUAUGGUGCACAGAGUCUCUCCUCCCAGUGGGUAGUCCCCAGUGAUGUCCUGGACAUACUGAUCACAGGACUGGGGACUUACCAGGCAAUUCUGAUCCGGGUCUCAGUGGUCUUCUUCCUGCUCUUCCUCCUCAUCUCCCUUCUCCUGCGAUGGAGGUGUCAGGACAAAUGCAGGAAAGAGUUACAGAGUGAAAUCAAUGACAUACAACUUCCAGAGGUCGCUGAGGAGCCAGUGCCCAGGGAGAGAGGUCCUCAAACGAGCAUCUGUCUGGCUGUUACCAUAUUCCUAGUGUCUCAGAAGGACAUCUGA